GUGACGGUGGGGCGUGGCUAUGAUGGCCCCCCGCACUAGCGGCAGGUCCCGGGACUAGAGCUAGCCGCCAAGGUUCGCGCUCUGGAGAAACGCUAAGGUUAUUAGGUUCCUGCAUGUUAUUUCGGGCCUGAUCAACAUUUCAAGCUAAACAUGGUGGUGAUGAGUAUCCUCAGGGCCAUUCUGCAAGCCUCUCCAUGCAGGUCACCGUGGAGAAGAUUCCAGAUCCCCAGCUCCGUGCCGGCGAGGCCCUGCAGCCUCUACACCUGCACGUACAAAACCCGGAACCGAGCCUUGCACCCGCUCUGGGAGAGCGUGGACCUGGUCCCGGCGGGCGAGCGCCAGUCGCCCAUCAACAUCCGGUGGAGGGACAGUGUCUAUGAUCCUGGCUUAAAACCGCUCACCAUCUCUUACGACCCGACCACCUGCCUCCACGUCUGGAAUAACGGGUACUCCUUCCUCGUGGAAUUUGAAGAUUCUACAGAUAAAUCAGUGAUCGAGGGAGGACCCCUGGAACACAACUACCGACUGAAGCAAUUCCAUUUUCACUGGGGGGCCAUUGAUGCUUGGGGCUCCGAGCACACUGUGGACAGCAAAUGUUACCCGGCAGAGCUGCACUUGGUACAUUGGAAUGCAGUCAAAUUUGAAAACUUUGAGGAUGCAGCACUGGAAGAAAAUGGUUUGGCUGUGAUAGGAGUAUUUUUAAAGCUAGGAAAACAUCACAAAGAGCUGCAGAAAUUGGUGGAUACUUUGCCAUCAAUCAAGCAUAAGGACACCCUUGUGGAAUUUGGGUCAUUUGAUCCUUCCUGCCUGAUGCCCGCCUGCCCAGAUUACUGGACCUACUCGGGGUCCCUGACUACCCCGCCCCUCUCCGAGUCUGUCACCUGGAUCAUUAAGAAGCAGCCUGUAGAGGUUGAUCACGAUCAGCUUGAGCAGUUUCGGACCCUGCUCUUCACUUCGGAGGGGGAGAAAGAGAAAAGAAUGGUGGACAAUUUCCGCCCCCUUCAGCCCUUAAUGAAUCGCACUGUCCGCUCUUCCUUCCGUCACGAUUAUGUACUGAAUAUACAAGUGAAACCCCAGCCUUCAACUAGCCAAGCAACUCCCUAAGACACUCAUAUCUAGGCAGUACUUUGCUUUAAUGAAUACAUACUAGCUUUUUAGAGAUUGCUGAUUGGACUGUUCUAAACGCCUACAUUUAAUAAUAAUUGUAGAUGCGCAUUUCUUGGUGUGGCAGUGCUCCUUCAGUCUUUGAAGAAAGCUCUUUGGUAAAGAAGUUCUUAACUUUUAUUGAUAAUGAUGUUUAACACUGAUGUGGCAGUAAGAGACACAAGUUUGUCCUUCAGCAACCUGUUGGUAAUCGUAAUGUCUUUUUAUGUCCUAUAUUUCUGAGUUGUCUUAUGUUUAUUAGUUGUCUUUUUAUGUUUAUUAGUUAGUAACUCUAUAGAGUUGUAAGUAGUGAUGGUAAUCAAAAUAUUUAACACUGGUAAGGUGCAGACACUGACCAUCCAGAAUGCAGGCCUUUCAGAAAUGGUCCCAGCGCCCAAACUGGUACUUCCUGGCUAGCUGAACAUUGGCCAUGGUUUUAGGGAUAUUUUAUUUCAAAAUCUGAAUGUAUAUUCUUUUCUAAAGCCUUCUCAACAAGUAUAUUUGCCUGAUCUUUAGUUGUUAUCCCUAGUACAUGAUAUGCUUACUAUCAAUUUAUGACAUAGAAGAAAAUAUUUUGUAGUUCUAAGAAAAUAAGAAUUUACUUAUAACAGGGAAUCCUUUUGCACUUCUGAAGAUCAAAUAUUUUACCUCAAGACCUGAUCAUAUAGAAAGCAUAUACAGAGCAUUUUAAAGAAAAUGCUUGAAGUUCCUAAAAUUUAAAAUUCUUUCAUGCUUUAUUUACAGACAUCGUUUUCAAAAGACUAGUAAUAUAAUAGUCUAUAGUUUAUAGUGUUAUUUUGCAUUGUUUGUACACUGUUUCAUAGAAUAUAAUAUUUUCCACAAUGACAGAACUAUCAUGGCUUUCCUUGAGAACUGCCUGACCUUUAUUUCAUGAGUUGAGGUUCUGUGCAAGGCAGGUGCUCAACAUAAAUCUCCCAGUUAAUAUAAUGGUUUAAAUGACUUCUGCUACAGUAAUAAGGAGAGAAAAUUAACAGGCUAAAAUCUAGAGAAUUCUACAUAUUUGGGGGAAUCCAUGCCAUUGUUGCCUUUGCUUGUAAAUACCUUGGAAUGUUUCUAGUUGCCUAUAAGCCUGUGUUCAAACUCAAUAUUGAAUUUACUAGUGGUCUUUCUUUCAUUAGUAUGCUAGUCAUCUGAUCUGCAAGGUAGGGUUGGAUGAGUAGACUUGACACUACUAAACUAUACACUGAAAAAGUUUAAGAUGGUAAAUUUUAUGUGUAUCUUACCACAGUUAAAAAUAAAUAAUACAUUCAGUAGAAGAAAAAGAGGGUUGGAGGUGUAUAUGUGUUUUCGGGGGGGGGGGCGGAUAUCUGCUCUUAAAAAAGGGAGGGGGCGCUCCUGGGUGGCCCAGUCCGUUAAGCAUCAGACUCUUGAUUUCAGCUCAGGUCAUCAUGACCUCACGGUUCGUGAGAUGGAGCCCUGUGCCACACUUAAGAUCGUCUCUCUCCCUCUCUCUCU